UUCUUCUUCAUCGCACCGGCCUCGUUUGAAUGCGUUCGUUGGUUACGCUCAGUGCCCUUGCCGGCUUCACCUCUCUGGCUGCGGCGUCGUCAUUGAAGCUCGCGAGCAGCUAUUCGGGUGACACCUUUUUCAACGGAUUCUACGUGAACGGGUCUGAAACCGACCCGACGAACUAUGGAAAUAUCCAUUAUGUGAACUCGUCCGUCGCGACAUCGGACCAGCUCGCCUACGUGAACUCGGCGGGCAAUGUCAUCCUUAAGGUGGAUAAUUCGUCCUCCGACCCGAACCCGGGAGAAUACUCCACGUUCGGCCGCAACACCGUCAUGGUGAUCAGCAACGAUACCAUCGUCAUCGGCACGCUUGUGGCGAUAGACGCGACACACAUACCGUACGGGUGCUCUGUCUGGCCUUCCUUCUGGACGCUCGAUACGGAGACGGGUACUGAUGAGAACGGCGAGAUUGACAUCAUCGAGACGGUGAACCUCAAGUCGGCGAACCAAUACUCAUUACACGCCAAGUCGGGCUGCACGCUCGUAAACGAUACCUCGUUCCCUCACACGGGCACCGACCUAUACACGAACUGCGACUACAACUACACUUUAACUGGCAACGAAGGCUGCGGCAUCAGCGAAACUGCGUCCUCGAGCUCCGUCGGCUCUGCCUUUGCGAGCAAUGGAGGUGGUGUUUACGCCAUGUACUGGUCCACUGACGGUAUCCAGAUCUGGUUCUUCGAGCGCUCCAACAUACCGUCGGACCUGACCUCCGAGUCGCCCGACCCAUCUUCAUGGGACGAACCCUCCGCAUCCUACCCCACAUCGGGCUGUGACCCCAGCACGUACUUCAAGUCGCAGAGCCUCAUCAUCAACACCGACAUCUGCGGCGCGUGGGCGGGCAGCGACAGCGUCUUCACCUCGACGGGCUGCUCUGGAUCAUGCGCUGACCUCGUCGGCACCGCGAGCAACUACGACACCGCGUACUGGGAGAUCCAAUACGUGAAAACCUUCACCUCGAGCGGUUCGUCGAGCGCGUCCGCGACUGGUACUUCCACCAAGACUAGCACCAGCUCGAGUUCCAGUUCGACGUCUUCGAGCGGGACCGCGCAAGUGACCGCCAGCGUCCUCGGCUUGCUGGCCGCCAUGAUCGUCUGUGCCGUGAUGGCUUGAGACGCCUUGACUAUAUCUGAGCACAUAGGAGGACUCAUAACUGGAUCAUGGGUUGUACAACAUGUAACGGCUCUCACUGAGGAUGAGCUGCCCUGUCUCUACGUUGAAUCUACGUGUCAUAUAAUAAUUCCGAGUACUUGACCCAAUGUAAUGAAGGUCCUCGC